CUGUCACCAUUACACCGGAAGAACUUCCGGUCCAGACAGCCAUCUUAGCAUAUUUUGCUUCUCGUCGUUGCUCUCAAUUUUGUGAAUCGUUGACAUUAUCGCUAAUCUUCGUCAAUAGUUAAACACUUUCUCCGUCGACCGCGUCAGGAGCACAGUCGCCCCGGCGCUAAGAUGGCGGCCGACCGUCGCGAGGAUAAAGAUGGCGAACUCACCGUUCUGGAAGACAUUUUGACCGAAGCGCCGGAUCAGGAUGACGAGCUGUACAAUCCUCAGACGGAGCGACACAUCAUUGAUAAGAAAGGAACAAAGCGGAAGAGCGACCAUUCAGAGUGCCAUGAUCGCAAGCGGCUACGGAGCUCCUCUGGUCACCCCCCUUCUAGAUCAUCUUCGGCCAAUAAGAGAGGCUCAGGCGCCCCCCUGUCAUCAUCGUCCUCUAAGAGGUCAGCUACCAGUCCUCACAGACGCCACGUGAGCAGCUAUCGCGGCGGCGACGACUACGAUGAAAGAAAGAGCCGCCGGGGGACGAGAGACGUCGGCCGUAGCAGUGGAGGCGAAAGAGCCAGACGGAGACGCUCUCCCAGGAGCAGCGACGCCACCAAGCAGAAACGGCAGAGCAGUCCCUCCCACCAUCGAGAGGACAACCAAUCAGACGAGGACGCAGCGCCAGAGUAUGUGUCAGAGCAGCUCUCUGGAAGCUCCUCCCCCGCUGCUUCACGUGAUGAUGACCAACAAGAAGAGGAAGAAGAAGAAGAAGAAGAGGGGGAGGAGGAGGAAGAGGAUGAAGGUGAGGAGGAGGAGGAGGAAGAAGAAGAUGAAGAGGAAGGAGAGAAGGAAGACGAAGGUGAAGAGGAGGAGGAGGAGUACGAGCAUCGCGUUGAGGGCAAUGACUACGACACGCGCAGCGAGGCGGGAGAUUCACGCUCGGCCUCCUCCGUCAGUUUCUCAGAUGAAGGCGAGUCGGCGCACUCGGCCUCGGGCUCCGACGUCUCGGGUUCCGAGAAGAAGCGGGAGAAGCUUUCGUCGUCGGUGCGAGCCGUCAAUCCCACCAGUAACCUUCGCUACAUCCUGCGCGAGUCGCGCUUCUUCGUCAUUAAGAGCAACAACCACGAGAAUGUCUCACUGGCCAAAGCCAAAGGCGUGUGGUCCACGCUGCCCGUCAACGAGAAGAAGCUGAACGCGGCCUUCCGCGCGGCUCGCAGCGUCAUCCUGGUCUUCUCUGUCCGGGAGAGCGGGAAAUUCCAAGGUUUUGCCCGCUUGGCUUCCGAGUCUCUUCACGGCGGCUCUCCCAUCCACUGGGUGCUUCCUGCCGGCAUGAACGCCAAGAUGCUGGGUGGCGUUUUCAAAAUCGAUUGGCUCUGCAGGCGGGAGCUCUCCUUCACAAAGACGGCUCACCUUUCCAACCCCUGGAACGAGCACAAGCCCGUCAAGAUCGGCCGUGACGGACAAGAAAUCCAGCCGGAUGUCGGCGCUCAGCUCUGUGCGCUCUUCCCUUUGGACGAGAGCGUGGACAUCCACCAGGUGGCCCGGCGCGUUCGUCACAAGCGUGAGACCCCUUCGGAAACGCGACCCCGCGGCCGUCCGCCGCUGCGCGAACCGGGAAGGCGUCGUCUCGAAGAGUACGACCUUCACGGCAGGAAGCGACCUCGGGCAGAAUGUCCGGACUUCAACCAACGAUCAGGCUUUAUCCCAGACCUGCGUAACCAGCCGGUGGAGAGGCGUUUCUCCAAUGUGAGACGGGACAUUUUCCUCAAUGGGUCCUACGACUACAUGCGAGACUAUCACCACAACGUGGGACCUCCGCCUCCUUGGCAGACGUUGGCCGCAUACCCCGUGGAGCAGCCGGCGCCCCACCACCCUCCCUACUACCACCACAACCAUCCCCCGCCACCCCCGCACCAGGCGUACCACCACCAUCCUAUGCCGCCGCACGAGGGGCCGCCCCCUCGCUUCAGAGACAAACAACGAGUUGCGGCGCCGCCACAUCGCGCCUUCGCGUCCAGUCCGCACGACUACGACAUGCGCGUGGACGACUUCCUGCGGCGGACGCAGGCAGUGGUGAGCAGUCGGCGGGAACGCGAGCGUCAGCGCGAGCGGGAACGAGUCGGACCGAGACGAGAACGAGAGCGGCCCAGGGACCGAGACCGGGAGAAGGAGAGGGGGCGCUACCGCAGAUGAGAGAAGUGACAUCACGAAAGGAAAAAAAAAGAGGCACAUUCUCUUCCAGGAAUCCUCUCUGCUGCUCUCCACAGAAAACAUGUUUGUCAGUAUUUCAGGCCAACAGGAAAUAGACUAGUCUCCACUUUUUUUUUUUUGUGAAAUGUCCCACAAAAACCAAAUAAAUAACUUGUGUUCUUUCAUUAAAA